AUGUUACAGGAAUUCCUGACCUUCAGUGGCAUGUUGAUGGACUUCACCCAGGAGGAGUGGUGGCAACUGGACCCUGCUCAGAAUAACCUCUACAGGGAUGUCAUGCUUGAGAACUACAGCCACCUGGUGUCUCUGGGGUAUCUAGUUGCCCAACCAGAUGUGAUCUUCAGGUUGGGACAAGGAGAAGAGGCCUGGAUGGCAGACAGAAGGACCCUGAUGCAGAGCCGUCCAGGUGAGCAGAAUCCAGGUGGGUCAGGCCAGGAUAAGGACCCUGGUUGUCUGUGGGAGCUGGACCCCUGGGCUACACUCAGGAGCUCUUCUCAGCCCCCACACUUAUACUACAAGGAAGGUCAAGACAGACCUCUGUGACAAGUUAUAUUCAUAGACCAGGAAACACUGAAGGAUGAAAAUGGUCAAGACUGCAGAAUAUGCAGAAAAAUAAUUUAUCGGAGCAAAUUCUUUGUUUUAAGACAAAGACUCCCUAAAUAUUCAUGGAGAAGAUGCUCAAAACAUAAUAUAAAUGGUCUAGUCAAAUGUUCUCUCUGAACAAAAAAUUUAAAAAAUAGAAGCUAUGUAAGAAAGAUAGAUUAUGAACAUAAGGUAAAUUGGAAAUCAUAUCUCUAUUCUAAUCUUGAUAAAUUCCAACCUGCAGAAUUCAUUGAACUCAAUCAACAAGGAAAAGCCCUCCACCAGAAGCAAUGAAAUAAAAGUCAGAGGAUUCAAAAUGGAGGGAAAUUCUAUGAAUUUACUGAAUGUAGUACAGUGUUUAUUCAGAAAACCAACCUUGUUUUCCCAAGGAUUCACACUCAAGAGAAACCUUAUAAAUGCUGUGAAUGUGCAAAAGCCUUCAGCCAGAAAGACAGUCCUCACAGCACACCUGAGAACUCAUUCAGGAGAGAAUCCUAUGAAUGCAGUGGAUGUGGGAGCCUUAUCCAGAAGGUAACUUUCAUUAAACAUGAGCAAAUUCACAUGGUAAAGAAACUUGUAUAUGGUGAAUGUGGAGAGAUCUUUAAGAAUUCUUAUCACCUUAUUAGACAUGAAAGAACACAUAUUAGACAAGCAUUUUAUAAAGGACCCAAGCAUGGUAAGUCCAGCCUUAUACAUCAAAGGUCUCAUAUAGAUGAGAAACCUAAAUGCAGUAAGUAUGGGGAAACCUUUGAUGAGAAGCCCACCACCAUUAAACAUCAGAUAACUAACAUGAAAGAGAAACCUUGUGAGUGAAAUCAAUGUGGGAAGAACUUCCGGAGAAAGUCACACCUCUGUUCAUCAGAAGAUGCAGGAGAAAAACCCUAUAGAUGCAGCAUAUGUGGGAAGACUAGUGCAAAAUCACAUCUCUUUGUCCAUCAUUGAACUCAUGCAGGAGAGAAAUAUUAUAAAUGAAGAAGAUGCAGGAAAGCCUUCAGUGAGAAGUCAACCCUUAUUGUCCAUCAGAGAUUUCGUACAGGAAAGAACCCCUGUAAAUGCAAUGAAUGUGGGGAAACAUUCUGUGAGAAGUCACCACUGAAUAAACAGAAGAGAAUUCAUAUGGGAGAGAGACCCUGUGAAUGCAGUGACUGUGGGAAAGCCAUCAAUAGGAAGUCGACUGUCAUUAAACAUCAGAGGAUUCAUACAAGAGGAAAACACAACAAAUGUAGUAAAUGUGGAAAAGCCUUCCAUGUGAAACCAGUUCUCAUUGUACAUCACAGAACUCGUAAAUGAGAGAAAUCUUUUGAAUGCAGAGACUGUGGGAAAGCCUUCGAGAAAUCAACUCUGAAUAAAUAUCAGAUAGGUCACACAGGAGAGAGAAUGUAUCAAUAUUCUUGA